UUUAUCCACUGCAGCUCUUAAAAUCCUUACGGUUCGUGGGGUGAACGUGAUCAACAUAAGUGCCGAAAUGUUUGACCCAUAUAGUCGUGAGGAGUACUAUCCCACUGCUCUACAGCAAGCAGCUGCUUAUGGUGUAGGCGCAUGCCUGCUUGAGUUGUUGGAGCUGGUGGAAGACAGUCACCAAGAGAUACUUAACAUUAGUACAUCCCUACUUUUCAUUGCCAUUAAGCAUGGUAAUACUGGAUGUGCCAAUCUGCUUCUGGACAGAGGAGUUCCAGUAGAUGUCCAAGAUGGAGAUGGCAACACACCACUACAUCUGGCUGUGUGCUAUAAUCAGUUAGAGUGUGUGAAGUUGCUGAUUGAAAAGCAUGCACCUGUACUUAUUUCAAACUCCUGGGGAUGCAUUCCAAUGCUAUGGGUGGAUGAUCUGUGUCGUCCACACAUACACAUAGUGCGAGCGUUAGUACAGGCAGGUAGUGACAUCGAAGGUGUAGAUAAGGACAACAAGACCAUCCUUUACAAGGCAGCUGAAUGUGGUGACCUAGCAAUGGUUAAGUUUCUGCUAAAGAAUGGCGCUGAUGUCAAUGUUGAUGUUGAUGACAUUGUAUCACAUUUUCCUGCAAAUAAUGAUGCACAUCAAGUCUGCAAACGUGCCAUUCUUGCAGCAUGUAGGAAUGCCGAUAUUGACGUGGUGAAAUGUCUGCACGAGUCGGGUGCUUCCCUUGACAUGACAGAUGUCACCGGUGAGACAGUGCUUCACAAGGCAGCAAGAUCGCCGACUGACACUAUUGACAAACUCAGAUAUCUUCUGGAUAUCAGAAAGGACCUUUUACACAUAGUAGACCAUGAGGGAGGAACAGCUGCAUUUGCAGCAGUACUGUCUUCUAUGGAGACUGGAGACGGUGAGCCUCUGUCUUUUUUGCUUGAACGAGGACUGGCUGUGAAUCAAGCAGACAGACUUGGAUAUAACCUGUUGCUUUCCGUAUUUCAUAAUGCAGACUUGUUUUUCCCUCAAGCACUCAAUUUAGAAAACAUUACGAAAAUGCUAUUGGACAAAGGUGUCGACCCGAAUGUUCAAGAAGCAAAAGGCAAAACGGUUUUGCACUAUGCAGCGGAGAAACACCCUGAGCUAUUGAACACUCUAUUGCAAGCAGGUGCCGAUCCAAAUAUUAAAGACAGGGACGGGACGACUGCUUUACACUAUAUUGUUGAAGGACGAUGUAGUGACAAUGUUAAAUUGCUACUAAAUGCAGGAAGUGGUCCAUGUCUUCAGGAUGCUAUGGGUAAAACAGCUCUACACUGUGCAACUGAAAGAGGAAGGACUGACAUUGUGAAGCUAUUGCUGGACACACCCAUUGAUCUGCAUGUUCAAGAUGUAAGCGGCAAAACGGCCCUUCACUAUGCAUCUGAAAUCACAACUGAUAUUCUGAAACUACUGUUAGAUGCGGGAGCUGAUCCUUGUAUUCAAGAUGGGCUUAGAAAAAGUGCAUUGUUAAAUGCAGUUGUGAUUAACAAUCAUGCUGGUGUUAAGUUACUUCUGGAGAGAGGAGCUGAUCCUUGUUUAAGCGACCAAGGUGGCGUAACUCCACUUCAUCGUGCAUCAUGGCACAACGACGGGGAAUGUCUCAAACUUCUUUUGGCACACAAUGUCGAUCUGCAUGUGCAGGAUGAGAAUGACAGGACAUUACAUCAUUAUGCUGCUGAAAGUUCAAACGGUGAUAACAUAAGGCUUCUCCUACAGAAAGGUCUCACUGCAUUCUCAAGAGACAGAUUUGGCCAAACACCUCUGCACUGUGCUGCCAAAUGUAAUGACGUUGAUAGUAUAAAAGUUUUAGCUGAGGCAGAUGCUGACAUCUCUGGGCAAGAUUGUGACGGAAAGACAGCGCUGCAUUAUGCAUCAGAAAUGAAUUGCUAUAAAGGUGUUCAACUUCUUUUAAAGGAAUUGGAAGAUCCAAAUGUAACAGAUCACGAGUGCAAGACUCCACUACAUUUUGCUGCAGACAAUCUUUUCAGCAGUGCAACUACCACUCUUCUCUUAAAGGCAGGCUGCGACCCAAAUCAACAAGACCAUCUUGGAAAAACACCCCUUCAUUAUGCCGCUGGGUUCAGUGACAGUACUGCGGUACUUUUGGAGAAUGAAGCGAAACCAGGUGUGACAGAUGGACUUGGUAGGACUGCUCUUCACUAUGCAGCAGAGAACAGCUACGCUGAACAUUUGAAGCUCAUGCUGCUUAAUGGGGCUGAUCCAUGCGCCAAGGACAAAUUUGGCAAAACAGCUCUUCACUAUGCCUCUCAUGGAGAUGAAACAUUUUGUAGUGACCACCUUAAUUAUGAACAUGAGACAAGAAGGGAAAGUGUUCAACUUCUCUUGGAGAAAGGAAGUAACCCUGGCAUACGAGAUCAAGAUGGAAAGACUGCUCUUCACUAUUUAGCAGAGAAGCAAAGCUGUAAAUGUAUAACUCUAGCAUUGGCCAAAGGUGCUGACCCAUGCAAGCAAGACAAACAAGGCAAAACAGCUCUGCAUUAUGCCUCACAACUACCCAAUAGUGAGUCUGUGCAGCUGCUAUUGGAAACAGGUGCUGAUGUAUCAAUAAGGGACGAACAUGGCAAAACAGCUCUUCAUGAAGCAGCAGAACAUGGAAACGUGAAAACCGUAUCAUUACUCCUGAAUCAAGGAGCUGAUCAAUGUGCCCAAGAUGAACAAGGAAUGUCACCUCUCCAGUAUGCAGUGACACAAAUAGACUGUGUUGUUGCUAAACUUCUCCUUGACCACGGCUCUGAUGUGAAUUUACUGAGUUAUUGCGGGAAGACAACUCUCCACUAUGCAGCAGAAAAAGGAUGUUCAGACAGUGUUAAGCUGUUGUUACAGAGAGGCGCCAAUCUUAAUAAACUAGAUGGGCAAGGCAGGAUGCCACUUCAUUGUGCAGCACUUGCGCCUGAAGGCUGGUGUACUGAUAAUGUAGAGACACUCUUACGCUUAGGUGCUGAUCCAUCUGCUCAAGACAAAGAGGGAAGGACGGCUCUUCAUUACGCGGCUCAAAGUGAACAACAUAGAGCUGUGAAACAGAUUUUAAAGAAAUCUGACGUUUCAAUGAUAAAAGACAAAGAGGGAAAGCUAGGUCUUGACUUUGCGAAAGAGACUGGUAAUAUAGAGAUUGCGAACCUGUUCAAAGAUCUAGCUAAAAGUACUAGCUCUGCAAGGUGA